CAUUGUCACGGAGUGGUCUGCGCAAUGGAAUUGUGUCAUGACGACUCGGCUUAGCGUUUCUAUGAUGACUACCUAAUGUUACCUUAAGGGAUGGCUGAGACAGGGCGGAGGAUCUAUGCGAUUUCCGCAAAACAUUGGUUUAAUUUAUUAAUCACUGUGGUUUUCGUCUUUUUGCAGUGCUUCUCGACUGGAGUCGUCAGUGACGACUUGAGCCAAAGGUCAGGUACCUUACACAGACAGUAUCCAUCCAUUAACACAAGCCCUACCUUUUUACACAGUCAAUGGUGCCUUGUUGCCCUGCUAAAGUUGAUUACUGCCCCAGAUGCACCCGCUAUCCUCUUGUCGCCCAACAUUAGACCGUCUGAUUACAUUGGGAUUGGGCAAGGGGCGUCAGCAAAGAGAUGCAGUCAUGGUGCUAGCCUGCUGGCACCGAUUGGGCACACAGGGCUGACAAUGCGUGCAUGUACGUAUUCCCAGGAUUCGCCAUGCCUGCGGCAACAAUUAGCUCAGCUAUGCUUAUUUGUGUCUACACACUCCUCGACGCACGUGCUGCCGCUGAGUGGGUGGCUCAAAUGUCUGUGCUGUGGUGAGACAGUGAACGAGUCCCAGAACAACAGGUCGAGGACGCUGUUCUUGGGUUCCGGGUUCAUGAGUCCGUACAGACGCCCUUCCUGUGCCCGAAAUGAACAUGUCAGCAAGCCCCAUGCACAGCUCAAGUCCAUGUCGCCUGGGAUAUAUCGGGCUCUUUGAGCUGGCAGGGUCUUCAAGAUGUUCUGGGAGUGUAAGCGAGAAUGCCCAGGCUAAUGCGUGACGACGGUAGGUUACCCGUAUGCGGGGUCGCGUGCUCGGGCCAUCAAGCACCGCGA